AUGGCACCAAAGUCAAAGAAGGGCAAUGCCACAAAUGCCCCACAAAAGGCUAAUUUUUUUCAGGAGAGUGUCAAGAAAAAGUCGGCUGGAGUGAGCGACAUGACUCUUUUGACAAAGGUUCAGAACGAGACCAUCAAUGAGAAUCUGAAAAAACGUUUUGAAAACCAAGAGAUCUAUACCUACAUUGGACAUGUGUUGAUUAGUGUCAACCCCUUUCGCGAUCUUGGGAUCUAUACUGAUGAGGUCUUAAAAAGCUAUCAAGGCAAGAAUCGACUCGAGGUACCUCCUCACGUUUAUGCUAUUGCAGAGAGUGCUUACUAUACAAUGAACGCCUACAAGGAAAACCAAUGUAUUAUUAUCAGUGGUGAAUCUGGCGCAGGAAAAACUGAGGCUGCCAAGCGAAUUAUGCAAUAUAUUGCCACAGUCUCUGGAGGAGAAUCAUCACAGAUCAAGGAAAUCAAGGACAUGGUGCUUGCAACCAACCCACUUCUAGAGUCAUUUGGAUGCGCCAAGACACUCAGGAACAAUAAUUCUAGUCGUCAUGGAAAAUACUUGGAGAUCCAGUUUAAUGCUCAAGGUGAACCUGUCGGAGCUGUCAUUACAAAUUAUCUGCUUGAAAAGAAUCGUGUGGUUGGCCAAAUCGAUAAUGAAAGAAACUUUCAUAUCUUCUAUCAGUAUUGCAAGGCGGCGCCCUCAAAUUACCAAGAACAAUUCGGCAUGACGGGGCCUGAGAGCUUUUUACUCACUAAUAGAAGUGGAUGUUUGAGCGUAGAUGGAAUUGACGAUGUUCAUGAUUUCAGUGAAACUUUGCAAGCAAUGCAGGUCAUUGGACUUUCGCAGCAGGAACAGGAUGAGAUUUUUCGUAUGCUUGCCAUCAUUCUCUGGCUUGGAAAUGUCCAGUUUGUAGAGAAUGAUAACGGAGGCUUUAUCUCACUCGAAAAGUUCUUUGUGUCGCUGCUCUCGUCUCUAGUUAUUGCCUUUAUCGCAUAUAUUAUGGAGGUUGACGCUGAGCUGUUAAUUAAAACCUUGACCAUCCGUGUUGUCGAGACUCAGCGUGGAGGACGACGUGGGUCCAUUUUUGAGUCACCACUCAAUUACGUUCAGGCUGGUGCCGUCAGGGAUGCGCUUUGCAAGGCCAUCUACAAUAAUCUCUUCGAGUGGAUUGUCAGCCGAGUCAAUGUUUCGCUUCGCCAGCGUGGAGCACAUGCGUACACCAUUGGAGUCCUGGACAUUUACGGAUUUGAGAUUUUCGAAGAAAACUCGUUUGAACAGCUUUGCAUUAAUUACGUCAACGAGAAGCUGCAGCAGAUCUUUAUUGAAUUGACCCUCAAAACAGAGCAGGAAGAAUACGUGAGAGAGAAAAUCAAAUGGACUCCUAUCGACUUUUUCAACAACAAGAUUGUGUGCGACUUAAUCGAGGAAAAACGUCCACCCGGCAUUUUCGCUGCUAUGAACGAUGCUUGUGCCACAGCCCAUGCUGAUUCAAAUGCUGCUGACAACUCUUUAGUACAACGUCUUAACAGUCUCUCAUCCAAUCCACAUUUCGAAUCUCGUGGUGCUUCUUUCUUGGUCAAGCAUUAUGCUGGUGAUGUAAUGUAUCAAAUCUCUGGAAUGACGGACAAGAAUAAGGAUCUACUGUCCAAGGAUAUCUUGACGAUGAUUGCUUCCACUAGCAAUCAAUUCCUUGCAGCACUCUUCCCUGAACCUGUUGAUCUUGACAGUAAGAAGCGACCUCCUACUGCAGGUGACAAAAUCAAAGCCUCCGCAGGUUUGCUCGUCCAGAAUCUGAUGCAGUGUACUCCAUCGUAUAUCCGUACAAUCAAGCCCAAUAGUAACAAGUCGCCUACUGAGUUUGAUUCAAAGAUGGUUCUCCAUCAAGUCAAAUAUUUGGGUUUGUGUGAAAACAUUCGUGUCAGACGUGCAGGUUUUGCUUCUCGCCAAACAUACGAAAAGUUUUUGGAGCGGUUUUACUUGCUUUCACCAAAAACCGCCUAUGCUGGAGAGUAUAUAUGGCAAGGAGAUGCACGAAGUGGUGUUGAGCGUAUUUUGAAAGAUACCAGUGUUGCACCUGAAGAAUGGCAGAUGGGGACGACCAAGGUCUUUAUUCGUCAUCCAGAAACCCUGUUCUCGCUAGAGCAUCUGCGCGACCGUUACUGGCACAAUAUGGCUAUUCGCAUCCAGCGUGCUUGGAGAAACUACAUGAAAUAUAAGAAUGAAUGUGCUACCCGCAUUCAACGGUGCUGGAGAAGGAACAAGGACCAAAUUGGCUGGCUCCAACUUCGUGACUAUGGUCACCAGGUUCUUGCUGGAAGAAAAGAGCGCCGCCGCUUCUCUCUCGUGAGCAUGCGUAGAUACAUUGGAGAUUACCUUGGUGUCAAUAACAAAGGAGGCCAAGGCCAACUUAUUAAGGAAGCCACUGGCAUUUCUGAUCAUGACUAUGUUGUAUUUUCUGCUAGAGUACAACUGCUGGUUGCUCGACCAAUGCGAUCAAGUAAACCCAGUCCUCGGACACUUGUUCUUACUGCCUCAAACAUGUACUUGGUGGUGUCCCAGCUAGUCAACAAAGUCCUGUCCAUGAAGUGCGAGAGAGCUGUCAUGCUCAAUACCAUUAAAGCAGUUUCCAUCUCUAAUUUGAGGGAUGAUUGGAUGAUCUUUUCUAUUGAUACCAUGAAUCCUGAAGAGGGUGAUAUUGUUCUCGAGUGCGACUUUAAAACCGAACUCAUUGCUCAUCUCCUACAGCGCUCUGGUAGUCGUAUUGGCGUCAACAUUGGGCCUCAAUUUGACUACGUCAAGAAAAAGAACAAAACUGGAACUAUCAAGUUUGUGAAAGAUGAUCGCAUCAAGACAGAGACUUACAAGAGCCAUGUCGUGACAGUUCCUAGUGGUGAGCCUGCCGACAGCGCCUCGUGGCCUCCAUGUGAGCGUAUGGCGAAACCUGCUCGACCCAUCACCUCGGGCAAGCUAAUCAAGAAGGGUGGCCCCCAAAGGAUGAACCAGUCUCAAAGUAGCCGUCGCCCCCCAACAUCUAACAAUGCCUCUGCUACUUCUAAUACACGUAGCUCUGCCCAGGCUCCUGCACAUACAUCCGCGCCUGCAUCGUCGCCCGCAAAGCGUCAAGUACCUCCACCGCCACCAGCACCAGCAGCUGAAACACCUCCUUCUCCCCCAACAAAGCCUAUGUACAAGGCUAUCUAUAACUUUGAAUCACAAGACGCAGGAGAAGUUUCGUUUGUCAAGGACGAUGUAAUGGAAAUUUUGGAAAAGGAUGAAAAUGGUUGGUGGUUGGCAAAGAAGGAUGGAAAGGAGGGUUGGGUGCCGAGUAACUAUCUAGUGGAAGUCCCUGCACCCAAACCCGCUACAGCUCCUCCAAGCCUUCCAGCUAAACGCCAGCCUCCUCCACCCCCACCAGCGGCUGCGACAGCAGUGGCCUCCAAGCCUACUUCUAGUGAUAAACCGUCCGCAGCUAGUCGCCAUACUGCUGACCGCACUCCUGUCGCAGCAACAAGCAAUACGAAUGCUCUGCACUCAGGCUUUGGUGGACCUGGUAACGUAGGCGGUGUCCCCGGCUGGAAGGUAGCUCUAGAAGCCAAAAAAGCUGCAGCUGCAGCCGCUGCAGGUGGUGGUGGUCAUACUGCACCAGCACCAGCGCCGGCACCGGCAUCCAGCCCUAACCCUACACCAGCAGCUCGACGACCCGCACCUGCUGUGGCACCUAAGCCGUCAGUGGGACCCAAGCCCGUUGCUCCGCCACGCGCGCCUGUGGGAGGAUCCAAGCCAACUCUACCUGCUAGACCGAACACUGGAGGAAAAUCGUUACAGGAAAUUCUUGCGGCCCGUCGUCAGCAAAACGAUGAUUGA